AUGGCUAGAGAGCUUGAAACUUCAACAUCUGCAAAGCCAAAGCUGUCACUGGCGCAGUAUGCUCGUGCAUGGGGAGAAUCACCUUUCCCGCCGACGUUACUCGCGACUUUUGUGACCGCACUCCAUUUUCGUCCUUUCCAGCCGUUGCCAAUGCUCUUUCCGCCUGUACUGCUCCUCACAUCGUAUAUGAACUUGGCUGGCUUCAAAAAGGAUUCUGCCGGUGCCAAUGCGGCGUGGUCCGGCUUAUAUGUUCUACUAGCAGGGAGGAGGAAGCAAGCGCUCAAGAAGAAAUGGAGCGCUCGAGGUAUGGUGAGGGGAGUUGCCAUGGGUGUUGGGUUGGCGAAUUUAAUCAGCGGAGGGAUGGUCUAUGUGCUCGGGACACGGGAAGACGAGGAAUCAUGA